GCACGUGUUUACAUAAACGCUGAUUCCCGACUUCCAAGAACUUUCCAGAUCUUACCUGCCAGUUUUUAUCUGAGGCUUCGUCUUAUCCUGACCGACUGAACACUUCGCCCACCGUCUUUAAGAAAGACUCUGGGCGUCUUGUGUGGUACGAUGAGUAACUGCAAGUGAGUCGUCUUGUUAUCUAGAUUGUGCAAUACCUGUGUCCCCGACCCCUUGUUUAAGCCGGCUUCUGGGGUGAAAUUACGCGAAGACAACAUCGAGCCACAACCUCGUGGGAUGUCAGCGCAACACCAUCGGCUACGCUUUACAUCUUUACAAUGGUACAGCGGACUUUAAUGUGAUAAAAGAGGCGACCAUCUUUGACUAGAAGGCGGGAAUUUCUGGUACUAGCCUCAGCAUGGCAGCAGAUCGUGAGGUGUCGGUCCGCAUUCCGAAGAGGGCGUAUGUGCUUGUGGAAACAGCUGUUUUAGUUGAUACAGCGUCCAUCGCAGGCGUUCCAGUAACGGUGGAAAUCUUGUACAAGGGCGAGCCUGCCGUUCAGUACCGCAGUGUUGGGAACGGCAAGAUUCUACGGUUUUCCUUUAUCCCCAAGCGUCUAGGGGCUCACUUCGUCAACAUUCUGGUCAACGGAUACUCUCUAGGGGACCCGGCCCUUAUCGACGUGCGGAGCCCGUACUACCCUGACGCCGCCCGGGUACGGGUGUUCGGCCCGGGGCUGCAGCACGGGGACCUGGACACGUACCGGGGGAGCGUCGUGUGUGAGACGGUAGAUGCCGGCACUGGUGUGCUCAUGGUCAACGUGCUGGGACCUGCAGGAAAUGUGCCGGUUAUGACGACAGCGUUGGACGGCCCAAACUGUCCCGUGGCUGUGUCCUUCCAGCCGCCCUCUGCCGGAGACUACUACAUCAACAUCAAGUGGACCGACGACCAUGUACCAGGCAGCCCGUUCAAAGUCGAACUCUCGGAAAGGAGGAAACCAGGACUGAUGUCAAAACUCUUCUCAAAAUCUCCCAACCAGGAUGCUUCAGGUCCCGUGGCCGGUUUCCCGCCAAAGGAAGGCGAAGGGGACGACAGGCCACCCGAAGGGCCGUCGUACGAAGAAAUCGACCACUGGGUUAACACUGGUCUGUGGUCGCCGUCAAGUUCUGAUUCAAGCUCGUCAGGCAAGGAGAACAAGCCGAUCACUCCAACCAUCGAGGCGGAACAAAAGGCUGACGUGAGUGCCAACUUGAAGCGCCACCAAUCGUUCAUCACGAGGAAGUACAGGGCGAUUGUAAAACGAGAGUCCAAGAGGGAGCGUCAAGCACCCUUGCAACCUACUACAGAAACCUCUGAAUCCGACGAUAGGGUACCAAGUGGUUCGAAUGAGCCGAGCCAUGUUGCCGAUGAGGUCAAAGGGCAAGCUGACCCAAAUAUGGCAUCCAAGAUGGCGCCUGACAACAACAAAGAAGACACAAAGCCCCGGUUUGUAGCAGGUGUGCUGCGCAAGAGUUUAAGAGGGAACAGAAGUUCAUAUGACUUAAACCACGAUGACAGUAACGUCAAACCAGACCGACGAAUGAGCUCUCAAGGGAUGAUCAGUGAUUUUCAUGAUACAAAAUUAAACAACAGACUAAGCCAGUCACAACCAGACAUUACUCCUAACAGAAACACACAAGGAUUCGUAUUCCUGGGAAAGAAAACAGAAGAGGAGAUCCCUCCAACAUCAAGUCCCCAAAACAACACAGAUGACCACGGUGCUAAAUCUCCUUCAAAGAAGAUGCAGAGAGUAAGCUUUGUGGAAAAUGAGGAAGUAGCAAACGUUCCUCAGGAAGAGGAAACAACGAAGUUGAAAGCUCAGGAUAAAGAUGAGAAUGAGAAAAUAAGCACGCCAAACGAUUCAAAUGUACAAAAGUCCAUCGAAGAAAAUAAACAUCAAGGAAAUGAGAAACAUGAAGUUAAGGAGAAGACUACAUUGUGCUUUCCAAAGAAGAGGAAAUCUAAGAAGAACAAAAGUAGUCCAGUGAUAAGAAAAACCGACAAGAAUGCCCUACCAACUCCGGCACGGUCCCUUUCGUCUAUGAAACCACUCAGUAAAAGCGUUGAAGGGCUCCCGUUUCCCUCAGAUGUUGAGAAGGGCAAGGUUAGUCUGGUCAGAGUGGAAAGUAUAAAAUGGUGAGAGUUAGCUACAUCUACUAGUCAUUUACAUACUUCUCAGGUAUCAUAUACAUAGUUGUGUUUGUAUGAUGAAUAAGUGUGAACUAAUGUUUUAUACCGUACAGUUUUGACAAUCGAUUGUGUUGGAUUGAAGUGUAAUUUGAUAUUGUAUGUUUACUAACUGUUUUGGUGCGUUGAAGUGUUUGACCGAUUGGAAAAAAACAUGAACUGGGCAAUUUUACAGAAGAUUGUUUAUAUAUUUUUUGUUGUUGUGUCUAACCAUGAAGCUAGUUAUAACGAAUUGUAAAUAGGUAUAUACUAGUACUAAUUAUUGCUACGAGUAGCAACGUUCAUAGCUUUUAUUGGCAAAGUAGUAUCUUCAAACAUAGAAUUAAGUCAUCUGUAUAUUAGCUACUUACAUACCCUCUAAUGCUGCUCUCAGGAACUGAUGAUGAAACAACAAAUGUUUAC